AGUCGCUGUACACGCCCUCGCGUGCACGCUACGCCAUUAUUCUGGUAAUUACUGUGUUGGCCCUGGCCACGCGCCUGUACCGAGUGUCACAGCCGAGUUCGAUUGUGUUUGAUGAGGUGCACUUUGGGAAGUUCGCGGCGUUCUAUCUUAAAG